AGGUUAGUGGUCCGACAGGCAUGACGGUGAAGAGAAACUGGGUCACUGACUGAAAUUCGUUUAUGUCACAGUUAUGUGGGUUGCUGUUACAUAUUACCCAGCGGCUUUCAAUGGCUAGACUAAUCUCACCGGAUCUGUUGGGUAGACGGCUUGCACCAGAUGCUUAAGGAUCAGCUAAUACUGGGGCUGACUGACCACAUCAAACCGAAUGAAACUAGGUCAGACUGAAUCAAAUUGGGCAGAGCCAGAUCAGAACAGGGCAGACCAGACUGAUCCAUACCAUACCGGGCCUGUCCGGGAGGCCUAUUCCAGUUUCCUGUCCUGUUGAGGGCUUAAGGUUGGAUGGAAGGAGAUGAUUUUAGCACAGAGGCUGUGAUGAACAUCUGUGAUGACCUGAUGGCAGACCAAAGGAUGGACAUUUCAUCUACGAUGACUGACUUCAUGUCCCCUGGCUCCACUGACCUUAUCUCUAGCUCCAUCAGCACACCGGGCAUGGACUACACCCGCAAGAGGAAGGGCAGCACCACCGACUACCAAAUUGAUGGCUUCUCAUUUGACGACAUGGACCCAGACAAAGAUAAACUGGGCAGUGACCAACAGGGCCGGAUUAAGAAUGCCAGAGAGGCUCACAGCCAGAUAGAGAAGCGUCGCAGGGACAAGAUGAACAGCUUCAUAGAUGAGCUGGCAUCACUGGUGCCCACCUGUAAUGCCAUGUCCCGCAAGCUGGACAAGCUGACAGUGCUGCGCAUGGCUGUCCAGCACAUGAAGACACUCAGAGGUGCAGCCAACCCAUACACAGAGGCCAACUACAAGCCUUCAUUUCUCUCAGAUGAUGAACUGAAGCACUUGAUACUAAGGGCUGCUGAUGGGUUCCUGUUUGUGGUUGGGUGUGAUCGUGGCAAGAUUCUCUUUGUUUCUGAAUCAGUCUACAAGAUUCUCAACUACAGCCAAAAUGACCUGAUAGGACAGAGCUUGUUUGACUACCUUCAUCCCAAGGACAUCGCCAAGGUCAAAGAGCAGCUCUCAUCUUCUGACACGGCCCCACGAGAGAGGCUCAUUGAUGCUAAAACUGGUCUUCCAGUGAAGACAGACAUCACCCCCGGUCCAUCUAGACUCUGUUCUGGAGCCAGACGGUCAUUCUUCUGCAGGAUGAAGUGCAACAGGCCUUCUGUCAAAGUAGAAGAUAAAGACUUUCCUUCUACCUGCUCUAAGAAAAAAGCGGACCGUAAAAGCUUCUGCACCAUCCACAGCACGGGCUACCUGAAGAGCUGGCCACCCACUAAGAUGGGACUCGACGAGGACAACGAGUCUGACAAUGAGGGCUGCAACCUGAGCUGCCUGGUGGCCAUCGGUCGCCUGCACCCGCACAUUGUCCCCCAGCCCAGCCUAGCUGACAUCAGGGUCAAGCCUACAGAGUACGUCUCCCGGCAUGCCAUCGAUGGCAAAUUCGUCUUUGUUGACCAAAGAGCCACAGCCAUCCUAGCCUACUUGCCCCAAGAGCUGCUGGGAACCUCCUUCUAUGAGUAUUUCCACCAGGAUGACAUUGGCCACCUGGCCGAGUGCCACAGACAAGUGCUACAGAUGAGAGAGAAGAUAAAUACCAACUGUUACAAAUUCAAGAUCAAGGACGGCUCAUUCAUCACGCUGAGGAGCCGAUGGUUCAGCUUCAUGAACCCGUGGACCAAGGAGGUGGAGUACAUCGUCUCCACCAACACUGUUGUGUCGUGUCCUAUGAUAGAAGGAUCAGACUACCCUCAGUCUGCUGCCUCACCACAGAUCAUGGACAGUGUUCUCACCUCAGAGGGUGGGGGGAGGCGGGCGCUGCAGACUGUGCCUGGUAUCCCUGGUGGCACGAGAGCGGGAGCUGGCAAGAUCGGGCGCAUGAUUGCAGAGGAAGUGAUGGAGAUCCAGAGGAUUCGAGGAUCCUCCCCCUCCAGCUGCGGCUCAAGCCCUCUGAACAUCACCAGCACUCCUCCACCUGACACCUGCUCCCCAGGGGGAAAGAAGAUUCAGAAUGGAGGGACACCAGAGCUGCCAAGCACAGGAAUCAUUCCUGGACCUGAUUCUGUUGGUUACCCCUACUCCAACCAGUCUAUCAUGAGUGAUAACUCCCACCUGAGCAUAGACAUCAUGGACGAGCCCGGUUCCAGCAGCCCCAGCAAUGACGAGGCAGCCAUGGCAGUCAUCAUGUCCCUGCUGGAGGCGGACGCUGGCCUCGGUGGCCCCGUUGACUUCAGCGACCUGCCCUGGCCUUUGUGAGGAGCCUGGAAGGGAAGAAGCAGAGAGGGACAAAAACGGAGAAUGUCCCUCUUUGCACCAGAGCCACUGAUGGAGAGAGUUCGGUCAGGUUGAAGUCUGGCUCUCAUGUUUCCCGCCCACUGCACACAACUACGCUGAAAAAAUGUUCAUCUUAACUAGUUCUUUUUUUUUGUUAACUGAAAGGAGACUAUUCUCUGAACAUUAUUGAGCACAGUUAAGUUUGGAUGGCUCUUGCUGCUGUUCAGAUUCCACUCCUACUUUGUGAUUCUUCAUUCCCUGCCAGUGGACCUGAAUUUCAUCCAGGCAGAAGGAUUUUUCUAGAAAACGUCUGUUCCACAUGAGGUGCUAAGAUGAUCAGUUUUUGUUGUGCUAGUUGUCUGUAGAUGAGGCAUUCACUGACAUGACCAUAGUGAGAGAGCAUUACUCUGGCAAAUGGAAUCACAGGUGAGUUACAGGUGUGUGGUGCUAAUGUGUCCGCUGACAGACUGAGCUCAGUCUAACAGUGGCUCUGGGUUAGGGUUCCUCACCAGCCCCGAGACAUUCACAGACACUGAUUGAAGUGUGAUGUGCGUUGGAGCGGUGCUGGGGUGGGGGAGUGCUUGAGCUCUGCCUCCCGCCACAGCCCUCCCAACAUCUCUAACUGUAUGUUCGAGUCUCCUAGUAGGAUGUCAGUGCUGUACAAACACUGGUGCACUUCCAGCAGCUGAUCUUCGAAAUCAGCGUGGGAAAUGAGCAUGUGGCAGUUAUCCUCUGGAGAUUUGCUUGGAAUAUAUAUAAAGUCCUGUAUUCCCACAAUUCCACAUACAUGUAUUUCGGUUCAGUUAAAUAAUGAUAUCUGAUAUGAAAAAGCCACCUAGCUUCUGUUUCCUUGACUAACAUGAACAUUAACAACUUUUUCUCCAAGUGGUUCUAAACUUUUUCUCUAAAUUGUAGUGAACCAGAAGAGAAGAGCAGAUUCUCUUUUUUUUUUCCUGAGUUUAAAACACAAGCCAAAAGGAUCUGCCUAAAACUACCUGCAACGUGUUAGUUGUGAUGAUACUUUUUAAAGCUGUCCAAAAAUACUGCUCAUACAGUUCGUUUUGCUGCACCCGGUGAUUCACAGGACUUGCUCAGUAGAGGUCUUCACAAGUCCAGUUAGGGGUCCCAUCCUAAAUGAGCCGCUGUAACACCAACCUGAUGGACAUAAAAAAAGGAACGCUGAUCUGAAAGGGACGGUAGUUUCAGACGGGAGUCCCAAAGACCAUAACGUCAACGCUGUUGGCAGCAUGAUGCACCACAGUUGAAUAAAUAUUAAAGCUUGAAAUUGAAUGUUGAGGCUCUUCCAAUUUAAACUGAACCAAAUGGCUCAAACCUUGAAGAUUGUUUCUGACAUACAGAAAAUAACACAUUUUACAAUCUUUGCUUGUAUUAUGGUUUGAGUGCAUGAGAAGAGACCAGAGGAGGUAUGGGUCCUUCACACAACCCAAGUAGACCGAAUAGAAUUUGAACCCCAUUUGUUACCAGAACCCCAGGUGGCUCUGUGCGGACCUCUACUGCUUUGUUGUCUGUGUGUGCUCCAUUUCAGCUGCCCAACCCCUGGAAGACUUUCAGUUUGCAUAAUGAGCAGCUAGCGAUAGAACAGGGGACAGCAGGAGUGAAUCAGUCUUGAAUGGGGGCACUGGAGGUUAGGUGAGUCUGUUGAAAGCAGCAGUGUGAAGGGGUGGGGGGGGACUGGGGAUUCACAGCUGUAGGGCUCAGCUUCCCUCUGCAGGUGUUUGCCAAUCUCAGAAGAGAGCAAUUCACCUGCAAACCAAGACAAUUCAAGUGCUCCUCCUUGAGGAAAUGUUGUUCACUGCCAUUGCACUGAGGCCUGCUCCUCACACACUUGCUUUUUAUAGUUAAACAUGUGGUCAGGGUCACAGGGUCUCCACCUGCUCCUCCUCUUCUACACAGUCCCCAUGUGAAGCACUUAAGAUGCAGUAAGACUGCCAGCCACUGAACUGGAUUUCCUCUCUAGGAGAACUGACUCUGGGUCAGUUUUCCAAGCCUAUAUGUCUUUUCCACAGUGAUAUGAAUAUUUCAAAACUGGCCCAAGAUGUCUAAAAUUGGUGCCUGGGCUCAGAUUGAGCCCUGGGAGAAGAAAAUGGGAAGAGGUCACCGUCUCAUUUGUUUGGCUGAGGUUGGGACGAGUUCAAGUCAGAUACCUCAGAGUUUAAUGAUUCUGCAAGAUCAACAGUAUGUGGAUAAAAAAAACAACAACUUGAAGUUCCUCUUAAAUUUGCUUUGUUCAGCACUUAUUAAUGUAAUUGUCAACACAAACUACCUUUUUAGCAGCGAGGGCUAUAAUGUAGAUGGGGGCAGGGCAAAUACAGGAACAGAUGAGAGUUGGUACAGUCUGUGAUCAUAUCCUGUGACAGCAGACGGAAUCAGGAGGGGCAGCCACCAGUGUCUGAACGCUGUGCUUCACGUCCAGGUCCACUGUCCCUCCAUGAGGAGUUACCUCAGCAUGCCACGAGCCUGCUCCUACGCCUUUUUGUUGUUAGCUGGGUUGGAGGCAGACGUGUCAGUAGGAGUGUCAUGGCUGAAAAUGACUGUGUGGAAUAUGUUUUGGGCUAUAACACUUUCUGCAUGCAUUGAAUUUUCAGAAUGCAUUUGUGAAAUUAUUUCAACUAAUGCAAAAAAAUGAGAAGCAUUUUAGCAAACUUUAAACUUUAUAUCAUCUCAAAUAUACAGAGCAAAUAUUUAAAGAAAUGGUUUUGUCUGGACUCCAGAAGCCUAGCAGCCACUUUGUGAAGGCUAGUGGGAUGGGAUCCAAAUUAAAAACAUCUUUUUGAAAUGGGGGGUUCUGUCCUGCACUUGUCAGUGAUGUGUUUUAAUACAUUUUCCAAACAAGUGCAUAAUAUGAUGUUCUAAAUUAUACUGCUUCUACAUUUAACAUAAGCUAGUCAUUAUUUUAUGCAGGCGCUACGUUUGCAUAUUCGUAUGCAUUUUAAAAUUUGCACUGCAUCCUAAAUACAGUUGUAGCCCCAGUUUGUGCCUCUUAUAUAUUAUCUCAAGUCAUAGAACUAAGCCAGCAGCUUUUUCUGAAAGACAAAUACCCUGCAGUUUCAAACCCAGGAGGCUGUACAACAGUGUACAGCUGUUCUGAAGGUGUUCGAAGACUCAUCUGACCUUCUGGGUUCAAAAUAGUCUCUCUCAUGAUUCAAAAUUACUAUUAUAUUGAACUUUGUUUCAUCUCUUUCCCCUAAACCAGGCAGUUGGAGAUGUUCACUUUGUAAAAUACAACUGUGUUGCUGUUGCUGAUGGGGGGGGGGAAAUCAGCAGAAUUAGAGGAGGCUGGUUGGUGGGUGGUCAAACCACACCCACACAGCCCUAAUGAAACCAUUAACCCACUUUAAAAGUAGGGUUGGUGAUUUCUUCUAGAAGAUUUUUUUUUUUUUUUUACAGAUCUUGAAAUUGUCUUCACCUUUUGGCCAUGAAAACAUUAAAUGCAUUAUGCACAACAAAGAAAGAUCCGUCAUCUGUGGCAGCAGCAGGGCUGAAAAACAUCUGGCUGAUGGAUGGCCCACCUGCCUGUCAAUCUACUUCCUACCUGCGUGUGUCCUGCCCGUGUGAUCAGGGCAAGAGCCUCCCACAAGGUGCUGCAGUUGCAGGCUGAUGUGUUACCACUGUUUUGAUAACUAAAGCUAACGAGCUACGGCAGAGAAGGUU